AUGUCGAAGAGACGACCCCAUCGGCGGCGACCUACCUGGGACCCCGGCAACGAGCCCAUCGCCAUUCGAGUCGGGAGCAGACGCAGCUCGACCAAGUACCACGAGAUCCAAGCACAAGGCCCCCGAGAUGCGACUCGAUUUGCACGGCUAGUAGAUGAACAGACACGCGCUCAUCCACGAGAUCCUCUCGUCAUCGCGGUGAAUGGGUACCAACCAUGGCUGGGCGACGUCCUUCAUUCAUGCAUCGAGGACUACUGGUCUGAUAUCUCCGACCUCGACCGUGCGGUGCAAUUCGCUGGGACGAUGCAGUUUCCUGAGAAGGCGAGUAAGCGUGGGCACCACAUGAAUGUGCCCCAAGUCUACUACUGGUCCGUGGAUAUGGAUCCACCUCGCUGGGAAGACCAAGGCCUACCGUCAAUGAAGAACUUCCGCUUCCGAACAGGAGUCUGGUUCUGCGGACGAGGAGCCUGUCGCUUCGACCCCCAGAUCUCCGUCACCAUCGUCUUCACCAAAUCCGACGAAGUCUGCGAACACAUCGUUACACAACUCCUAUUCACCUACCUCUGGCGCGACGAAGACUUCGACCAACCCCGCGAGGAUGAAGAAGGGAUCUGCUGGACCUUCUCCCGACUCUACUGGCUCCUGACCGACUGGCAGAACAUCAUCGGCGAAGUCCUGGCUCGGCUAGAGGAAGCCGAGGAAAACAGCCACGGCCGCCACCUCCCCGUCAAGACACGAACGCGUAGGAUGCAUAUCGAAGUGGAUCGACUGUACGACAUGAAGGAGUACCUCCACUUCCACAUGCGUGCUUUCAAGAAAUUGCAAAAGUUGAAAGAUGAUGUCCCCAAGAACGAACAGAAAGACCCUUUGUGGGCGGAUAUGGACGACGCAGUGGAAGAUCUGGAGCAAUUCGAGAGCACGCUCGAUGGUUUGAAAGAUCGUACGCUCCCCAAAACCCCGAUCCCCACCCCUAAUAGCUAA